GAUUUGUUCGCAUUCGGCCGGUCCGGGACCGAUGCGAGCGGAGAAUGACACGGGAGUGGGCUACAUUGAAGACGUCGCUUGAAAUCAGCGGCAGUCAGAUAUUUCUUUGGAAGACCUAAGCAUGUUCCUGCGCGUCAAUCAUCCAGAAAUUCUAAUUUCCCUGCCUUAAAAUCACCACCACUGAGACUCUUCUGCCCGCCCUGUCGCCCUUUAACAAGACUCGGAUUCAUACCUACUCGGAUACCCCGCAAACGAUCGCACGACCCCACGGAUGUCAUCGAGGUCAUCGUCUAAAGAGUCCCAGCCGUUGCUCUGUCACCGUGAUCAGGAGUCUUCUUAUAACUCUGUGCAGGCCUCAGAGUCGAGUUUACCGAUUGACCCGCCGCCGCUAAAUCAAGUCUCUCGUGUUGAACUUUUUUGGAUCCUUGCAGGUCUUUGGAGUGCGGUGUUUCUAGGAUCCUUGGAUGGUACAAUUGUGGCAACGCUUCUCUCACCAAUAGGAAGUUACUUCAGUAAAUCUGAACAGUCUUCGUACCUGGGGACAUCAUACUUGCUCUCAGUAUGUUGUUUUACCCCUCUAUACGGCCGACUAUCAGACAUCUUGGGUCGCAAGGGAGCCAUGCUCCUCGGACUGACUCUAUUUGGAUCGGGUACUAUUGCAUGCGCAUUCGCUCCCUCUAUGGGGGCGUUGAUUGUUGCGCGCGCCGUCGCAGGAAUGGGUGGUGGAGGAGUAAUGACGGUCAGCAGUAUCGCCAUCAGCGAUCUAGUACCCUUGAAACAGCGUGGCCUAUACCAAGGAAUGACUAACAUUUUGUUUGGUCUGGGCGCUGGCCUCGGCGGUCCAUUUGGAGGAUGGGUGAAUGACACUCUGGGUUGGCGGGCAGCAUUUUUAUUGCAGGCGCCGUUGUUGCUUGUAUCUUUUACUUUGGUCGCACUCAAGGUCAACAUAAAGUUGCCCAACGAGAUUGAGACCCAAAGCACAUAUUCCAAAUUGCAGCGCAUUGAUUUCAUGGGAUCAUUCACGUUAGUUGGUGCAGUCGCCGGAUUAUUGCUCGGCUUUAGUCUUAAGACUACUGAGGAGCUUCCGUGGUCACAUCCCCUAAUAUUGGGGCUUUUCUGUACCAGCGCAGUUUUCUGGGUCUGCUUUAUAUUAGUGGAGGCUUACUGGGCACCGUACCCUGUGAUGCCCCUGCGCUUAAUUACGCAACGCACCCCAUUAGCGAUAUCUCUGGCCAACUUUUUAGGUUCUAUGACUGCUUUUUCGACGCGGCAUCUUGUCCAGAUAUACAAUGUCCCUUUGUAUUUCUCAGCCGUUAGGCUUAACUCAUCCACGAAUUCCGGUUUACAUUUGCUUCCUCAUUCUAUUGCUUUAUCCACGGGAAGCAUGAUCGCAGGCUGGAUGAUGCGACGAACAGGCAAACUGUAUUACUUAACGUUAGCCUCUGUUGGCUCGACCAUCAUUGCCAGUAUUUGUCUUGCUCUAUGGGAUGAUAACACAUCGCAGUACCAUCUAUGGUUAGAUAUUAUCCCGCAGGGUUUUGGAAUGGCCAGCUUAAUCACCACUACGCUAAUUGCCAUGAUCGCAGGCGUUUACAAGGAAGAUAUGGCGGUUGCAACCGGCAUCACAUAUCUUUUCCGAACAACUGGACAAGUUCUCGGUGUUAGUUUAUCAGGGGCUGUGCUCCAGAGCAUUCUGCUCAGAAAAUUGCGCCAGCGAAUUACUGGAGCUGGUUCAUUAGAGGUAAGCGGCAUUGAUGCUGUGUUCAGACACUCGAUAAGCUCGAUCCCUGACCUCGCACCUGCAUACAGAACAGCUGCAGUCGAGUCGUACGCCGAUGCUCUCCAUGUUGUUUUCAUCUGUCACAUUGCGAUCAAUAUUCUCGUUUUCAUUGCAUGCAUACCCAUCGAGGAGCACCCCUUACCGUAUGUGAUUGUCACGUCCGAUCAUGCCCUGCCAAUGCUAACCUGUGCCGAUAUUUCCAGAGGAACACUUCAGGAGCAAGAAGAACAUUAUAGGAACCAACAACUUGAGGAAAAUGACACUGCUGAAGCAGUGGACUCACCUUAG